CGCCAGCCUUAGCGUGGAGCCAACGCCUUUAGCCAUGAUUGCAAGUGGCAUGCGAGGUCGGGGUUUAAGUAUUUUGUCAGCCAAUUCGGCGGAUCCUUCUUAGAUUAAGGGCGACUUUAUCUUAACAUAUGACCUCCGACUUAAUCUAUUGUAGAAAUUUAAUUUCCCUCACUCAUUCUUUGAGCAAACCCAAUAUUCUUGUUUCUUGGUGUUGGAUUUAUCGUAUUUGCAGUUUCACUGUUACUUUAUCCCAUGCAAAUUAUGAACUUGCAACGCCCAUUUGUCGGUCACAUUUAUAGAAUUCUCUCUCUUUCUGGCGUAGCAUGAUUGCAAUACACAACAUUUUAAACGCAAACAGCGCACACAAUUCUCGCUUUUCAGAAAUGUUCACGCGUGCAAAAAGCUUACGUUUCUACCAGGAAGCGCCAUGAGCGUCUUCAAAUUGACCUUUCUGGAAGGAGCCGCCCGUUCCCUUUGGGUUGCCGAAGCUAACAUGGAGGAUAAGCAUGAUUGAGUAGGACCGCAAUAAUUGCCUGGCCGACCGCAGCCAUUGGGAUUUGCAGUCCGUGGUGGGCAUGAGCGGCCCAGGCUAUUCCCAUUCUUUUAAGGCAUCAACGUUACAACUAAUAAACCCUGUGCUUUUGUUUAAUAAUCAAAUAAAAAAAAUAUUAAUUCAUUUUUAGAAUACCUUAAUAAAUUACUUAUUCUUAGCGCGUGUAUAAUGCAAUUUUAAAUUAUUUAGUUUAUAUAUUUUACCAUUUAAUAGUAAUAAUUGCUGAAAUUACUUUAUAACAAAUAAUAUAAAUACUUUUCUUAUGGCGUUUUUUGUUUUCCGAAUUUCUUAUGGUGUUAAAUUGAUGAUAAAACUGUCUACGCGUUUAGUUCUGUGAAUGGCAUUGCUUGCGCCUCAAGCUUUUAUGCUCUCUUCUAUAAAUAUCCUCUUGCACCAGAACACCUAACUCAAUCAUUUAUCUCUCGCUGGUGCAUCGGAAAAAUCAUUGCUUCGACGUCUGAUAGGAAAUUGUUUUGGCGGUCUUCAUCGAGGAUACGGGAAACUUUGGCUACGAAGUUGACGGAUUGAAGAAUUAGCAUCCUCCUGCUCGCAAAUUCAAGAUUAGCAACGCCAGGAAGUGAAGGUUAGCGCUGUACGCAUCAAAAUAUCGACGAUCCUGCAGAUUCGCGUACAGCAUUUUGGGAUUGAGUGAUCAAUUUCACAGACCCUCUGUAUGCAAUUUGCAAUUCUCAAUUCGAUCCUGUUUUGAUUAUAAGUAUUGAUCCUUUUGUAUACUAUUGUAUAGGACUGAAAUUGCAAUUCCUCUCAAUUAAAUUAAAGUUGUACAUCUUUGAUUGCUAUUCAUUUCAAUGCCGAUCUAUUUUAAAUUUCUCAGUGCCAAAGAGUAUGAUUCCAUCUCUGUGGAUGCCUCUGUUAUUUCCGUCGAUGAUUUAAAACGGAAAAUUUUUGAAUAUAAGUAUAAAUCUAAAAAGAAGACUGAUUCUAAUGGGCUGUGUUUGGGUACUGAUUUGAAUCUCGUGGUCAUUAAUGCCCAGACGAAUGAUUGUUAUGUUGAUGAUAUGAUGAUUCCUAACAACACUAGUGUCUUGAUUCGCCGUGUUCCUGGAACGCGUCGUCGCAAGCCCUAUGACACUGCAACUGUUGUAGUUAUUGAAAAGCAACAGCCACUUAGUGUCUCUUGUCGUACUGGUUCUAGUUCGUCCAAUACAAGCUCCAAAACGGUUGUUACUGCUUCAUCCAGAAGCAACCCUGAAAAUCCUUGUGUUAGUUCUGUGUCCGCAAGUACUCUUACUAGUUUGUCCUCAAAAAGAUGUAGUGAAGAAUCUAGUUUUGCAUAUGAUGAUGGGUUUGGGGAUGAUGUUUAUGUGAUUCCUAGAACGAAGCCAGUUCAGUCUAGCAUGUCAAGUGUAGAUGCAGAAUCUGAUGAGGACAGCAAGAUUAAGGCUUUAGUCAAUACUCCAGCCUUGGAUUGGCAGCUUGAAGGUUGUAAUGCUGCGGGUUCUGGGACUCGAGGUGUGAAUGGUGGGGGUUUUGGAAGAAUGUAUGGUCAUGGUUUUGGUGGAUUGGGGAAGAAAACACCUCCAGAGGGGUAUAUAUGUCACAGGUGUAAUGUUCCUGGACAUUUCAUUCAGCAUUGCCCAACAAAUGGAGAUCCAAAUUAUGAUAUGAAGAGAGUGAGGCUUCCUACUGGAAUUCCCAAGUCGAUGCUGAUGCCAAACCCAGAUGGCUCUUAUGCGUUGCCAAGUGGUGCAACAGCUGUUUUGCGGCCAAACGAUGGUUCUUUUGAGAAGGAAAUUGUUGGCUGCGUCCCUCUAAAGAGAUCCUGGUCUGUUAGUGAUCUUCCACCAGAACUUCUCUGCUCCUUGUGCAAACAAGUAAUGAAAGAUGCUGUAUUGACAAGCAAAUGUUGUUUCAAGAGCUUUUGCGAUAAAUGUAUUAGAGACCAUCUUAUCAUCUCUAAAUUGAAGUGUGUAUGUGGAACCACAAAUGUCCUUGCUGAUUAUCUGAUCCCAAACAUGACACUCAGGGAUACAAUUAAUCGCUUUUCGGAGUCUUGUUCUGGUAAUAGCAGUAUUGGAGAAAACGCCAAAAGCAACUCUUCACAAGUUAGCAAUAGGGAAUCAGCUAAUUGGUCACAAGAUCAGAUGUCUAAGACAAAACUACCUGCAGAAUCAUUUCAUGAUGAGCAGAAGACAACACUUGAUAAUUUAGAAGAUGGGGCAAAUAAAAGGAAGCUUCUUGAUGCUCCAUCCCAGAUGACUAAAAAAGCUAGAACUACAGGAGUAUCUGAAGGCGCGAUUGGAUCAACGAGAAUGAACGAUACGGCAUCACAAUCACAAGGAAGUGUUUUGGUGUUCUCUAGUGAGGGAGGAAAAGGAAAUAAAGAGAAGGAAGUGGUUGAGGAUAAAGUUCAGCAGAAGUUGGUUUCUGUUAAGGGAGGAAAGAAAAGGAGAGGCAAGAAAAAUUAUGAUGAGGAGUGUGAAGGGUACUUGAUGCCUGUUGGAUCUUAUGCAUAUAAUCCAUACUGGGCUGGCGUGCAGGUGGGGAUGGAAGGAUAUGUGGCACCUUGUUAUGCUGGUGGUGCAAUGAAUUACGGGCUGAGCCCCUUCGGCACAGCAUUCAAUGGUGUGAUGAAUGGAGCCUGUUUCAGUAUGCAGCAAAUGGGUCGCAGGCAAUGAAGCUGUUGAUGCAAAGCUCGGACAAUGAGUAACCGCAAUCAUUCUUCUUCUCUAGUUUCUUUCAGGGCUAAUACGUAUAAUUGGGUAGUAACCUAAGGUCGAGUAGGUGAAGAUGGUUGUAGUUUUAGACCUGUAAAUUUUAAUUGCUGGGUUGAUACUUUAAUAAAAUUCCCAUUAUUGCCCAA